AUGCAAAUUAGAUGUACUUAAACAAGUAAUCAUUCUCAAUAAAUUAAUGUUGUUUGUAUUGAAAAGGAUUGCUAGAAUUUAAGGUUUUGUUGUCCCUCUUGUAUAUUUCAACAUGCACAUCAUCUUAUAAGUUUAAUAUCUCUUGAAAGAUUGAAUGAAUGGAUUAAGCAGAGAAUAGAAACUAUUUUUGUUGUUUAAAAUAGUAUAUCAGAAUUUAAACUAGAACUUAAUGAUAUACUUAACUUAAAUAAAAAAUAAUUAUUAGAAAUAGGUGAUUCAAGAAUAGAGGUACUUAUAAAAGGUUUUUGGAAAUUUGAUGACUUAGUUAGAUUGUAAUUUAGCUUGUUAUAAUAGUCAAUUUAUAACAUAAGAUAAAUAGUGAAAGAUGUGACAAAAUGUUUCAAAGAUGGUAUCUUAUAAUAAUAAAGUUUCAAUUAAUCUAAAGGUUUAUUAAAUCCAUAGAUUUAAGAUAUAAAAUUGAAAGAUUUUAAUUAGCCUAUGACUUAGAUUGUUCAAAAUAGAGAUUAAUGUCGUGCUAUUGCUAUGAAUAAAGAUUGCUCAAUUGUAUUAGGUGGAUAUGAUUAAUAUAUUAAAGUAUUUGAGCAUAAAAUAGGGAAAUUAAAAUAAACAUAAAUCUUAAAUGAGCAUUCUUCAAAUGUCAUAACAUUAAAUUUUAUGAAGAAAUCAAAUCAUUUUUUAUCUGGAAGUUGUGAUAAAAUAAUUAUUAUAUGGUAGAUGAAUUAAAUAAAUUAAUGGGUUUAUUUAUAGAAAUUGAUAGGACAUGAUAGUAGUAUUUUCUGUUUAUUGAUAAAUACAAAUGAAGAUCUUAUAAUUUCAGGUAGUCAAGAUAAAUCUAUUAAAUUCUGGUAAAAAUAAAUUAAAUGGUAAUAUUCAUAAUCUAUAACUGAUCAUAUUGAUAUUGUACGCUCAUUGAGUUUAAAUGAAGGAUAAGAUAAAUUGAUUUCUUGCUCAGAUGAUUAAUUUAUAUUAAUAAUUUAAUAAUCAUUAAAGGAUAAAAUAUGGAGUGUUGUAUAAAAAAUACAAGUAGAUUAUAAUGGGUUCAGAUUAUGUUUUAUUGAUGAAAAUUUAUUUACAUUCUAACCAUAUUGUAAAUAAUAAAUGUAUGUAUAUGAGAUGGAUCGAAAUACUAAAUUAUAUUGGAAAAUUCAGGAUAUUAAAGUAAAUUGUGGUUCAAAAAAUUGUUGUUUAUUUCCAUAAUAAUAUAUUAAGUCAAAAUGUAUUCUUGUUAAUAAGAAUGGCAAAUUUAUUAAUUUCAUGAGGAAAAAAGAGAAUGGGGAGUUUUUUAAUGAAUUUUCUAUUUAAUUUGAGGUAGAUGAGAUUUUUGGUUAAUUAAGUGAUGACGGAAAAUAUCUGAUCACUUGGGAUAGUUAUUCUAGAGAAAUUAAAAUUACAAAUUAUAAAAAUUUGUGA